CCUCUUCCUCCUGAAUCUCUGCGGAAACUUGACUUUUUCUUCAUUUUCAACCUGACACAAACCUCCCAGCUCCUCCCGACUCGAUGACCAUGAGGAUUUCUGCCUCCACGUACCUCGGACUUUGACUUUUUACCAACUCGUCCAGCACGUGAUUCCCGGAGGACGAUCGUAAAAACAACCAGACUGUCCAAGAUCUGUUGGACGUCAAGAGGAGGAAUCGCAACCAUCUGUCCAUGAUGUCCUCCAGAGGUAAAAAGGACCUGUGCCGAAUCUGUGGCGGUGCUCUCCAGGGAAACCAAAGGCGGUGGCUGUUUGGAGGCCAAAAUAAGAAGACGAGUCAACCUCAGACCCCGACGGAGUCCCUGAGACACCUGUCCCGGUCCUCACAGAGCAGCCCCUGGGGCAGCACAUUAUCUCUUAGUUCCUCAGUGUCUUCGUCCAGGUCCCAGUUAUCCCUGAGCUCCCCGUCCAAAGGAGUGGAUCUGCUCUCAGUGUUGACCCACAUACUGGGGCAGUCUGUACCUCGGGGCAGCGCGAGCGGGGAGUUUGUGUGCGGCAAAUGCGUAGUUGCCCUCGAGCGGGUGUUCAAGUUUGACUCCGUGAUAGCCAGGGUGAGGGUGCUUUCAUACGAGAGGCUGCAGAGGCUGAUGCAGGAGAGGGACAAGAUCAGACAGUGGGUGCGUCAACACUACCACCAGAGAUAUCCACAGGACUUCAGGAGCCAGGGCAGCGAGGAGGAUGGAGAUGCGGAGCGGGAGGGCUACAGGGAGAUGCUCAAGGAGAAUAUGGCGCUCUCAGAGUACGAGUGCUGGUCCGAGAAGUGGGACACAUGUCCGUAUUUUAUAAGAACUGGUAAAAGAUGCAGUAGGGGAAAAGGAUGUGAAGGCUGUAAUUCCUUACGAGUGUCUGACUCGGAUUAUGAGUCCGUUUGUGGGGUUCCUCGCCGCUUGCCUUUCCAGCCCUUCUCCCCGUUGGCUCUGUCGCGGGACAAAUCCCAGAGCAUGCCCCUCAACUGGCAGAGGGUGCCGUCCAGCUCCUCUAGCCCAGCUUCACUGUCGGGAUCCAGUCUCUCCUUGCGACCGUCCUCCCGCACAGAGUCCAUUUCCUGCGCCGAGUCCAUUCAGUCUCUGGACUCUCUUGAUGGCAAUGACCCGUUUGAUUCACCAAGUGAUCGGUCAGUCAACUUUGUGCUGAAGGGGCUGAGGGGUAUCGUGGGGAAGUCGGUCAGUUCACCAUCAGGGAGCAGAAUCCCGGUUCUGGACAAGAAGGACGUGAGGUACUCCGAAAAAACGGGAGAGUUGGCGUCACCCACAGUGAGGGUGCUGAACUUUGGGCAUGUGGAGAAUGGAGGGGAUGAAAUGGAUGAAGAGGACGGGGAUGUGCUCACAGAGCUGAGGGACGAGUUCAUGCCUCUUCAUCGACAGAGCAAUACUGGCAGGAUUCACCAGGCUGUCAGGAACCUACGAGGCCAGCUGAACCAAGCUGAGUCCCGAGUCCGGACCCUGGAGGACGAGCUGGAACAUGGGAGGAGCAAACCCACUGAAGUCAACGGAUCAGACUGGGCACCCCUGGUUCAGGAGGAGGGCGACAGUCCCCUGCUGCAGAGCCUUGGUCACUCCCUGCUCAGCCGCGAUCGUCUGAUCAAGGAGUGUAUGGGUCUGAUCAGAAGACUGUGUGUGGAGGAGGGAGCAGGCGCCGAGCUGGCCAACAAGCUGACUGAGAAACUGACCGAGAAUCUGAAGGAAAUUCUCUCUGACAACAAGGUUGCCCUGAAGACUCUGAGGUCUGAAACGACGGAGAAAGAGAAGAGCAUGCAGGAGGAGAUCGAUGCACUGAGGAAGGCUGGGAGAGACAGAGAGAGAGACCUCGACACACUCAACACUGUGCUCCAGUGCAACCAGGAUAUUAUCAAUGACUUGAAAGUGUCUCUGGGGGAGAAGGAGUGUCUGCUGAAGGAGGUGCAGAAAGAGAGGGAGGUGUGGAGACAGAGGGACCAGGCCCUCGCUGCCGUCCAGCAGGAGAAAGACGAUCUGAUCCGCUGCCUCAAAGAGGAGCUGGAGACAAACGUGCAGGCUCUUUCCGACUCUGUGAAUGGUCAGGAGAUGGCAGGGGGCGGGGCUGGGCAAGCAGCCUGGUUGAAAGACAGAGUGGAGAACAGCGCCACCUUGUGUCAGGAAGUCACCAAACUCACCACAGGCCUGCAGGAAUACCAGGACAUGGUGCAGAAUCAACAGGAGAGCUACAGUCAGACGGUGUCUUCGCUGACGGGUGAACUCAGGGACACCCGGCGGGAGCUGAGGGAGAAGGAGAAGAAGAAGAAGGAGGCGGAGCGAGCGUGGCAGAACAGCCGAGAGGACAGAGAGAGACAGGAGAGGAAACUGAGGGACAGUCUGGACAAGAGAGACAAACUCAUAGAGCAGAUCCUGUUGGACGCUGAGGAGCGGGACCAUGUGUUCAGAGAGCUGCAGCAGAACCUGCAGAACAAACGAAACCCUCUGACAGCCAUCAAACACACACUGUGACGGAGGAGGUGAAACGUAGCGAAUCGACGAGAUGCAAACUUACUGCACAUGCGUUGGAGGAAAGCUUUGCACUUUCUGCACCACCUGUUUUCCUCCUCAUAUUUAUCUCGGUGCACAUUGAGUCUAUUUAUAUAUUUCUUUGAGGUUAGCACUUUGCAGACCUGCCCUGCUCUGCCAUGGCACGAAGGAAAGUUUUGUUUCCCACAAUUACUACUAAACUCUCUGGUGUGAAUCAGCAAUUUCAGACUCAGAGAGUGAGACACAGGCUGAGAUAUGUCAGGUGCAGCUUCUCACAGCUGUAUGUUUAAUACUUGAUUUAAUAAUUACCAGAUUACUGUAUGUAGUUAUUCUUUUAAUGAUCCAAUGGUAAGGCAGUGAUUAGAUUCCAUUUCAUGCAGUGUGAUUGUUGCAGAAUCAAACAUUUCUGAGAAGUUUGAUUGUUCGGGGUUCUGAGUGGCUGUUUAUUUCCUGUAGGACAUGUUAUUGCUUUAAAUCUUAUUCUUAUUCUGUAAAGCUCUUGGUACAGAACUGGCAAUUAUUAUUGUUUACAGUUUGGUUCUCAUGGAGGGGAAUACUUAUGACCAAAAAUUUUAUUUUUAACCACUUUCAGUUUUCCCCUUUUAUAUUUGUCUCUUUAUUUAAAUUGUAUUUAGAUACUGAGCUCUUUUCACUUCAGUGAUUACAUGUCUUGUAUUGUUUGUCUGGGACAAAUGCAUUUUCAUUCUUUUAGCUCAUGAGAAUUAAACACUCUGAUCCAAGUAAAUAA